UGCCAAUUUCAACACGGUCACCCAAACCAAUCUGGCUAACUCCUCUCAUCAAGUCUGCUCCUCUACAAUGACCGACAUGUUGCUUUCCCAUGAGGAUGAAUAAAACCUAAUCGAGCUCUCACCGCAAAAAAAGGCCGGAUUACAGCAUAUUACACUAUACAACGUUUUUGACUGAAACUGAUAUCACACCUAUCAAAGCUUGCCAGAUACCCCGGUACCACCUGGAAUUCGCGGCCACGUAAAUUCGAACUGAAGUUUUUCUAGUGUAGACGUGUCAACGGACCAUAGACUAAAACAGAUUGAAACGGAUCUUUUGUUUGACGUGGAAAAUCAGACAUAUAUUUCAAGGAAAACACAAGAUAAAUAAAACAAUUAUUGAUGUUCCUAAAACAAAGGGUCUUUAGCCAAAGCCUUCGAAGAAAAGGUGCUUUCACCGAAGAAAUCUUCAGUCCAGGACCUUCAAGUGGAUCUGUGAACAGCCAGAAUGAAAUGGGAGAAGUUUAAGCCUCCAGAGCCAGAUGAUGCCAUGUGCUGUUUUGAAUGUGAUUUGGACCCACAUGGAUGCUUCUGUGACUGUGACGACCUGGAUGAAGCUUGCAGCAGGUGGCUGAAGGGUGAGCCUCAGAAACCUGACUGUGCGUUGCCUGUGUUUGGUGCAGUGAUGGACCGGCUGAGGUUGAGACUGUUAUCAGGGGACAGGCGGGUGGAGAUCUCCAUGGUCCCAGCUUUAGUGCUGCUUCCCAUGCUACUGCGGCUGGCAGCCCUGCACUUCCUGCUGGGCCUGGUCAUUCUGACAGCCCUGCCUGGCCUGGUGCUGUGGUACUACUACGCCACACACCGGAAGAAGGGCCGCACCCUCUUUUUCCUCAGCCUGGCGCUCUUCUCCCUAGCCUACAUGUACUUCCUCUUCAUCACAGAGAUCCUACCUCGUGGGGACGUAACUCAUCUGCAGCUGGUGACCGUGACAACGGGUGUGGUUCUUACUCUUAUCUCUCUUGUGCGCACCAAGAGGGGGCCAGGCUUCGUGCAGCCUUCCCUGGCUGACACACACAGCACCAGCACCAAUCAUUGCCAACUGCCUGACAAAGACUCUGCCUCUCAGAAUGGAGUGGACCAGUCGGUGUUGCCUGCCCCCCCAGCCAGACCAGUGGGACAGCAGACACAGUCCCUGACAGCGAAGGGGGACAGGUGUCCUCUGUGCAAAGUGGUGCGUCCCCCUCGGGCGGGACAUUGCCGGAUCUGUGGAGGCUGUGUCCAGCGCCUGGACCACCACUGUAUCUGGAUUAACAGCUGUGUGGGCCAGGCUAAUCAUCGCAGCUUCCUGCUUACCCUGCUCCUCUUUCUGUUGACCUCUCUGCAUGGGGUCAGUCUGGUGCUGCGCAGCGUGUGUCCCCAACAGAACCUGCUUACCGCCCUACUCUACUGCCCUGGUGUCUACAGUCAGUACAGCUCAGCCCUGUGCUUCACCUGUGCCUGGUACAGCAGUAUUGUCACAGCAGGCCUGCUAAACCUGCUGGUGCUGCAACUUAUCAAUAUCAGCUACAAUGUGACAGAACGGGAAGCACAACUUGCACUGCGGAGGAAAAAUGGCCAGAAUCGUCCGUGUGGCCUCGUUGUCGACACAGGGGUCUACUCGCGUGGCUUCUGCCAGAACUGGGCUGAAUUCCUGGCAAUGAGAGAGCCUGUCAAUAGACCAUCCUCCGUCCUCACUGACUUGGUUUAGCCUUGGCUUAACACCAUGCCACUGCCUAAGCAGGUCAACAUUGCUGGGUUUCAACUGUGUGGCUUUAGGGACUGUGAGCUGCUCUGGAUCUCUAGGUAUUGCAACACAGAGGUGUUAAUUUUGAAUUGUUAUAUACCUCUACAUUCCAAACACUCCAGGUAGAGAAAAUAACCAUGAUCAUCCAAGUUGUCAUGGAUCUGAGACACUUAAUAAUACUAGUAAAUAUAUAAAGGGGUUCUCUGACUAAUAGGAUACGUUUUAACAAAUAUCUGUUUGAUUUUGCUGUCUCUAUCUUUUCCAAAAUGAUGUAAAGAUUCAUAACUAUGGGAGACUAAAUAGCAAUAGAUUCAUAGAAAGACGUGAGUUAGAGAACAUGUUUAAGAAACUGUAGACUACUUAUUGACAGAAUGCACCUGACCAUAAGAUUUCUUCAAAGGGAGGAAAGAUGUACAAGGUCUGCCAGACGUGACAUCCUCUCACCCACGCACACGCACGCUCUUUGUAGUUGAAGUGCUAUUAUUGUUAAGUUUUAAUGUACAUUACUUAUAUUUCAACUAUCCUUUUACUUAUAUAAGACUAAGACUCGGCUUCCUUUGUAUCUUGUUUGUUUGUCAAGCCAAUAAAGCAUAUCUUAUCUAA